AUGGGAAGCCAAAGUGACCUUCGUCGAAGGGAGCUCUCCCGUGGCUCGCCCACCCCUCGUCUUGCCGUUCACCCUAAAGGAUCUGGAUCUUCAGUCUCAUCCGCAGGUCGAAGCGGGUCUUUUGCCUCGAAUUUCUCUGUUGCUGCCCCAAGCAGUGCGACGAGCGUCAACUCUUUUGGGCGGCGCUCUCCCGUUCACCUUUCCAGCAGCGCCGCCGUGGACGGUACUGCUGGCUACGUCCUGAACCCGAGCCCUCGAGGCUCGAUAUCUCGAGGAGCGCACCAGCGCAACAUCAGCGAAAGUCGCCAAACUGCGUCUCCCCGCAAGAUUACCGAAGUCACCAAGGCCAAUGGGCAAAGGAUGCAGGGCUUUAUGCUCAUGUGUGAAUGCUGCCCGAAGAAGCCUAAGAAGUUUGAAACGCUCGAGGAACUAUGCGCGCACGAGGCGGAAAAGCAGUACGAAUGCUUGUACUGCGGAAACAGGUUCAAGAACAAGAAUGAAGCGGAGCGACACCAAAAUAGUCUCCACGUUCGACGCCAUAGCUGGAGCUGCAAAGCCCUGACGAGCUACAGCCAGGCGUUCCACGAGAGUACAAAUAGACCUGGCGAGGCCGAUACGUGCGGUUACUGCGGUCGAGAUUUCGAACGCACCGGUCCGGCAACUGCGGGCGGUGUGGGACGCACAGCAUCCGAUCAGGACUGGGACGAGCGGAUCCAUCAUCUCACGGUCGUGCACAAAUUUCGAGAAUGCAACAGCAGCAAAAAUUUUUCCGGGCCGAUCACUUCCGUCAACAUCUCAAGCACAGCCACGCGGGAUCAAGCGGGAAAUGGACGAACAUGCUGGAAAACGCAUGCAUGA